AUGCUGAACAACAUCUCCGCGGGCAGUUUCGUUCACGGCGUUUCUGGAACGAAGGAUCUUCAUGCGCAGGACAUGAAGAGGCACGACAAGUUGGAUACUCCCGUGCUCCGUGUGAAUUUGGGCAGUGGACUCGCCGGCGGUGGACUAACGCCUCAUCAGGAAUUGAUCAUGGCUACCGCGGGUAAGCGUUUUUCAACGCGUAUCGGUCAAGAUGACGUCAAGCCGGCGAAACAGAAACGACAUCGGACGAGGUUCACACCUGCCCAGCUGAACGAGCUGGAAAGGUGUUUUAAUCGGACGCACUAUCCGGACAUUUUUCUCAGGGAGGAGAUAGCUGUGAAGAUUGGCCUCACGGAGAGUCGAGUUCAAGUGUGGUUUCAAAAUCGCCGAGCGAAAUGGAAAAAAAAGAAGAAAUCGCCGUCGGUGUUCCGGUCCCCGGGCGCGCUGCUGCCCUCCCACGGGUUGCCGCCUUUCGGCCCGAUGAGCUCCGAUCUCUGCGGCGCUGGAAUGUUUCACGGACCUGCUGAGAGAUGGGGAAUGGGAACAGGUCUUGGACAAUUGGGGCAGGGAGGCAUGGGAAUGGGCGGUUUCGGGCAAAGUUUAGGGCAACUUGGUCAGCAAAGCACGGGGAGCCUCGGCUCGAGCUUGGGUCUUGGUAAUUCCGGGCUCCCGAUCAGCAGUCCAUCCCAGACCGUCUAUCAAGCCAGUUACGGACUAAAUUCCCUUGGGGGUGUGCAUGUGUCAGCGUCCCGAGGCUCCCCUCCGGAAGGAUCCAGCGUAGGCGGCGGUCCCGGUGGCGGUCUUGGCUCGGCCUUGAACUGCGGUCAGGUUUCGCCUGGGACGACUUCCGGUAGCGGUGGAGGCGGCGGGGGCGGUGUAUCCUGCGUGGCUGCCGAUGUGAACGCGACGGAGGUCUCGGAUUGGAGAGGCGCCCAUAGCAUCGCGGCGCUGAGACGUCGAGCCUCGGACGCCUCGCAACAAUACAGUCCUCAGCCACCGCCGCUGCCCGCAGGACCGCCGCAAUACGCCCACGACAUAGAGUACAAUUCCGUUUACUGA